AUUGAUGAGUCGUUUGAAAGGGCGCGGGCGGAAUUGGUUGGAUUCGUUUGUUUGUUUGUUGUUGCGCUGUUCGGUUGUCAUAAGCAAGUAGAUUUUAAUCGUCAAAUUUCUUCACUUUUCUAACAAGAAGUGUAUCGUUUGUGUGCAAAAAUUCGCCCUGUUUGUCCUUGAAGAGGUAAAAUUGAUCAGGAAAAAGAUUUCCAAUGUUUAAAUUUACUGUUUCGGAGGUUGAAAGUCCUAACUUUUUUGGUUAUGCAAAUUAGGAAAGAACGCUUCAGAAUGAUGUGAAAAAAAGAAGUUGGCAGCAGCUGAUGGCGAGGAAAUUUAAUUCUUUUUAGAUGCGAAAAGUCUAACCAUGUCUUCAAAAUUGCCAACACGCAAAAACAUUGAACCCGUUAUGCAAAUCGUGUCGGAUUUGGACAAAAACUCGUUAAAAACUUCCUCGUCAUCCUUUCCGCGACAUCACAGGAGAAAACCACACAAAAGAGAGGAGAAACCAGACAGAGACGAUGACGAGGAGGAGGAGGAGGAAGAAAGUGAUGAUCUCGAAGCGAGUAAAAAGUCAGAUCGAUUCCAUUUUCGACGGAGGCACCACAAAAGUCGUAUUCCGGGACCUGCGGCCACUUAUGUGGGGCAAAUCGUUUGUCGAAGCAAGAGCGUUGAUGAUUUGAUGGCUGGAAACGACGUUGAAGCGCCGCGGGAAGAGAAACGUGUCAGCCACGUGGAACAUCUAAUCAAAGCAAAGGAUCAUCAGAUUGCUAAGUUGGUUGAAAAAAUUACGACUCUAUUCGAAUGCAACAGUCAAUUUGCGACGGAAAACGAGAAACUUCAGAAAGAUUAUCUGGAAUUGCAGCAGAACAUGAAGGCACUGCAAUCGAUGAAAGCGAAGAGCUGCGAGAGCUGUGCAGAAUUCGAAAACGAUAGAGAGUUGCUGGCGAAAGAGAACAGCGACUUGAGGAACGACGUGAAGAUGAUGAAGAUUUUGGUGUACCGAUUGAAUGUGCAAGUCGAGCGCUACCAAGAUGUGAUACGUGAGAGCAAAAGUGGAACCGAAAUACCGAAGAUAGAUUUCGUCGACAGCUCGUACGGAGGUAACAGAGAUAAUCUCAACUGGGGUCCAGUACACUCGCACACUCUAGGUCCAUUGCUGAAUGCGUACGAAGAGACGAUUGCGGAGAAAAACGAUCUGGUGCAGCAGUACGAACGAGAGUUGAUCAAUUUCACUGGGAAGCUGAAAAAGGUUUUGGAAGAGAAUGAAAAACUACACAAGGAUAUGGAGGAAAUCAAGAGUACGCAGAGUAGUUGGCUUUCCGAUAAAGCUCGCUUACAGGCACAGGUCGAUGUGUUCAAAACCAAAGCCGAGAUUCAAGGAAAACGAGCUGAUUUGGCGAAAGAAAAGCUGGUGGAGGUGUUGAAAUGUUAUGAACAAAAAAUUCAAGCCCAAUGUUUAGACAUAGAACGGUUGCAAGAGGCUUACGCACGUAGCAAAGGAGAACUCACUUCGCUUCGACACCUCAACCAAAAACCAGAAAUCGUAGCGGAUAGUUUGAAAGAAUGUCAAAAACUCUUCGAGGAAAUGAAAAUCCAACACGAUUCCGAGAAAACGCGUUUAUCGAAUGAAACGGAUUCUCUCAAAAGUGAUAUCGCCGCAAAGAAUGAAGAAAUAUCGAAGCUGAAAUCGGAAAUCUCGGAACACGAGAAAAUUUACGAACGGCAGAAGGAAAUCAAUGAAGCUCUCAUGGAGAAGAAUUCAGCCUUGCGGCAAUCGCUGAGCCGAACCAGACAAUCGAAAGAAGUGCUAAAGAGCCGGCUCAAAAACAUGAUCACCUGGGGCCGAAACGUGGAACAGCGCCGGGAUCAGCUACAGGACUCUUGGAAAAGUGUUCGGGCGCUCGAGGAACGCAUUCGACAGCGAGAGGAACAGCUGCAGAAUCUACAAGCGCAUCACCGUCUCGAGGUGGAUCAACUGCAGCGCCGACUAAAGCAGCGGGAGGACAGCUUGCGGAGGAUUCUCGAAGACAAGGCCAAAGUGAGGCACGUCUGAGAGGGCAAGUUUCGAAGUUUUACAUAACAAAUGCAUCGAAUGCACAUGCAAAAGCAAUCGUUAGUAGACAAAUUGAUUCGCGUAGAACUGUCAACGGUGGCAGAUUAAUUUAAUAAGUUUAAA